CAUUUAUGACUUGGAAUGAGUAAUGUAUGUAUGGAUGAGAUGGAUGUUAAGCUAAGCAUGUAGUUGCAAUGGUGAUGAAAUGGAGCUUGUGGGAUCCACGUCCUUCGUCUCCUACUAGGAACCGUUUCUGAUCUCAAACAUGCACUUUCACUGCCACCAUAAAUACACACACAUUGACACAGUCGCAGGCCAAGUUCCCUUUUGCUAAGUUCUGCUUUUGUCUAAACUGGGCUCCAUCUGUUUGCUGAAAAGCCCCAACCAAAAGAAGCUUGCUAAUUGGAUUGAAUUGAAUUGAGUUGAAGCUGAUUUUUGCCAAAAAAAAAAAUGAAGGAUUUCCCUUCUUGUUUUGGGGAAAAUGGAGUUCAGGUUGCAGAUUCAAGCACCAGCAAAACUGCCCAGAAUCUGGUUACUUGUGUUUAUCAAUGCAGGGUACAUGGUAGGUCCUGCCUGAUUACUGUCACUUGGAGUAAGAAUUUGAUGGGGCAAGGUCUCAGCGUUGGGAUCGAUGACUCUUCGAAUCAGUGUCUUUGUAAGGUGGAUGUUAAACCAUGGAUGUUCUCCAAGAGGAGAGGCUGCAAGAGUCUAGAGGCUUUUUCCUGUAAAAUUGAUGUGUUUUGGGACCUUUCUUCUGCUAAAUUUGGUACUGGGCCUGAACCGCUGCAGGGGUUUUAUGUAGGAGUUGUUGUAGAUCGGCAAAUGGUUCUUCUUCUCGGGGAUUUGAGGAGAGAAGCUUUCAAGAAGAGCAAUGCCAUGCCGUUACACUCCAAUGCUGUUUUAGUUGGCAAGAAAGAACAUGUUUCUGGUAAGAAGUUGUAUGGUACCAAGGCUGUGUUUUGCGACAAUGGUCGAGUUCAUGACCUUGUGAUUGAAUGUGACACUGCAAGUGGUAAUGAUCCGUGCCUUGUGAUUCGCCUAGACAGUAAAACUGUGAUGCAAGUGAAGCGGUUGAGAUGGAAAUUCAGGGGGAAUCAUACUAUUCUUGUAGAUGGUCUUGCUGUGGAAGUUUUCUGGGAUGUCCAUAAUUGGCUCUUUAGUACAGCAUCUCUUGCAGAUGCUGUCUUUAUGUUCAAGACGUGCCUCUCCUCAGAUAGGCUGUGGGCUACCCAAUCCCUUUCUAAUGCAAAUCUGCUGCAGUCGUCUUUCUCUGAGAGAUUUUCUGAUACCAGAUUGCAGGGUCUUGGUUUCUCUCUUAUUUUGUAUGCUUGGAAGAACAUGUAGAGGUGAAGAAAUACAUCAUAUAUUGAAUACUAACAGACCUCUUAGUGAGUUUGGAUAUAUCAACCAUGUGAUUGAAGUACAGUUGAUUCAAAAUGAGUCAUUUUGUUUCUCUCUUUCCCCCUGUUAAAUUCAUAUCCUCAAUGUAGCAGAGCUAUUUGAAGUUUUGAACAGAUAGAGACUUUUUUUUUAAUACAAAUUUAUCCACCUUCAAGAGUUAA